GGUGUUGCCUAUUUAGUGUCUGAUGUAUAGUUGCCCUGUUCUGUGUGCGAAGUCGUCUUGGAAGUUGAGUACGGUUAAGGCUUAGAGCCUAGUUUCAUAUAAGAUAACCGCAGUUAUGUCGUUACAGGGAAAAGUAGCUCUUGUCACCGGCGCAGCGCAGGGCUUGGGAAAAGGCUUUGCGGAGAUCCUUUUGAAAAAUGGUGCAAAGGUGGCUCUGCUGGACAUAAAUGAAGCGGUCGGGAAGGAUCUGAAGUCUGCUUUCGAUAAGGAGUAUGGCCCCGACAGCACAGUCUUCUUAAAAUGCGACGUGAAGUCCGACGAUCAGUUUAAGGAAGCGUUCGAGGCGGCCAUCAAGAAGUUCCACAAGAUCGACAUCGUGUGCAAUAAUGCCGGCAUCGUCGACGAGAAGGACUGGGAAAGGGCGCUGGCCACCAAUCUGGGUGGAGUUAUAAGGGGCACAUACCUGGCCCUUUCGUACAUGAAGAAGCAAAAUGGAGGCCAUGGAGGGGUCAUCAUCAACGUGGCUUCGAUGGCGGGGAUCCUUCCCCUGCUGACUGCUCCGAUCUACACGGCCACCAAACAUGGAGUGCUGGGGUUCAGCCGCGCUAUCUCCGAUUUGUCCAGGGUAUGCAACUUUGGUGUGAGAAUCAACACUCUGUGUCCGUCUUUCGCCGAAACAGCCAUUCUCUCAUCCAUGUAUUCUGCGGACACCGUUAAAGACAUCCCCAGCCUCCAGGAGAUGAACCGGAAGAUAAUAAAUACCGUAGGGAUUCUGGAUGUUUCCGUGGUUGCCGAAGCAUUUCUGCAACUGGCUACAGACGAGAGUAAGAACGGGUCGGCGCUGAUGGUGACCAAAAAACAUACUGGAGACAUUCCGUUUCCCAAGGUCUCUGAAGAUCUUGCCAAUCUGUCAUCCAUGCUUCCGCUCUGAGCUACACCCACGUUCUCUACGAGGAGACGUGAGACAUGUGAGGUGCCGUCGACCGCUGCAGGUCGGGGUACCUGGGCAUUUUUAACUUGCAAUGUGAAUCACAUGACCUUCAGGCUUUCUGCUUUCUCUUACAUAAUUAAAGACCCCUUUUUUUAUUGGAUAGAACAAGCACACCCUGAUUAUAAUCACCAGCAGUCCACAAGUUGCACUUAAUGCACGUCGAGGAAGCUUCUUCAUUGUGAAUUUUACAUUACAGAAUGUGCUGAUUUGCCGUUUUGUCUGAUUGUUGACAAUCAAAUCUGCUCGAUGCUCUCAGUGUUGCGCUUCUGCUGAUUUCAAUAGUUUUGCCUGCCUGCUCCAAAACAGCUUACAAUCAUACCCGGGCAUUCAUAGGAUGCUCAGCCUAGAUCAGGGGUCUCAAACCGCAGUCCUGGGGGG